GUGAAAUCAUGUCAGAAUGCUGUAAGUGUUUCUUUUAUAUUCCUCUUUUGAAAUCAGUUGAGAAAACGCUUGGGAACUCACGCUGUUGAAUUGACUCGCCUGAAAUAAGAGUUUCGUAUUUGGACGCAUCAUGCCUUCCGCUCUUAUUCUGAUCACCGACGGCAGCGAGGAGAUCGAGUUCGUAACGCCGUAUGAUGUCUUGACCCGCGCUGGUUUCAAAGUCACGUCGCUCGGCAUCAAUCUCAAGAACGAUUUCGUCACAUGCACACGAAACGUGCGCAUCAUCCCAGACACCACGACUCCGCCUGAAUCGCCUGAGCAUGACAUUCUCAUCCUUCCCGGUGGUGGUCCCGGCGCAAAGACCUUCUGCCAGUCGGACGUUGCUCAGCGGCUUAUCCGAUCCUAUCGUGACGCUGGCAAGUACGUCGCGUUCAUUUGCGCGGCGACGACCGCGCUUGUAGCUAGCGUUAAAGGCGCCGGGAAGACUGAAGGUUUAGAAAGUACGAAAGCCGUGAAAGUAACCAGUCAUCCCAGUGUGAAGAAUGAAAUUGUGAACGCAGGGUGGGACUACGCUCCUGACAACGAAAGGGUAGUAGUGGAUGGUAAGGUGAUCACAAGUCGAGGACCUGGCACUGCUAUGGGGUUCAGCCUCAAAAUUGUCGAAGUCAUGCUGGGCAAGGAGAAAUGCAAGGAGGUUGCUGAGCCGAUGAUUGUAGCACCAGACCUUUUGGCAAGGCUGCUCGGAUAAUACAACGUGAGCUACGUACAAAAUACCUUCUGUGACAUAGCGAGAGUGCUGGAAGAAAAGUUGUGUGGUCAUUGAAUUUGAAUUCAGAUGUCAAAAACCAGUCAGACUGCUGAAUAUGGCAGUGAUAACGGGCUUUUUCUAGGUCACUCCUUGAUAUUCAUGUCCGGCAGCAAAACUCUACCGCGACGCUUGCAAGCGCAACAUCUGCACAAGAUGAUGGACCUCACUCUUGAGUUUCACCGUCGUCAUCCUUUAUUGUAAUAUCGAUUCCCGUGCAUUGCUUGCACAAUGGUGAGAGAAACGGCAAGAUAGG